AGCGCAGGGUCGCCGCUGGCGCGCGCUCGGUUGUGCAGCUACCGCUGCCUGCGCCGCAGCCUCCUCCAAGCGCGCCUCCAGAGCGCCGGGGGUUGCGCGCCCUUUAUAUGCCAGGUGGCCGCGCGUCGUUGCGCGCGCCGCUUUUCAGUGGGGUGGAGGAGGAGGAGGAGGAGGAAAGACUGCGAGUGAAGAGAGGAGAGAGACUUCAUAGUAUUAAGGGGGGUGUGGGGAGAGAGGGAGAGGGAGAAAAGCGAGCGCCGGCUCUGCCUUCCUAGCGGGCGAAGGGAAGCCUCAUCUACCCGUGAGAGCGAGACUGAGAGCGGCGCGGCUGAGGCAACAAUGGCAGCGGCGGCGGCGGCGGCGGCGGCAGCGCAUUAGGCACCUUCUGAAUGGGCAAAAGCAACCCGGGUGGGGGAGGCGGAGGAGGCGAGGAAGCCCCAGCAGCCGCGGAGGAGGAGGAAGGCGGCGGCGGCGGCGGCGGCGAGGAGGAGGAGGAGGCAGCGGCGGCGGCGGCGGCAGUAGUAGUAGCGGCAGCAGGAGCAGGCGCGCCCCCCUUCCUGCCCGGACGGCGGGAGCUGCGCGGGGCCGAAGCUUGCGGGCGCCGGCUGGCACGACUGCGGGGACCCUCGUGCCGCACGAGCCGCGCCGGCGGCUCCAUCAUCUCCAUCUCCAUCCUUUUCUCCUCCCAGAGGAGGAGUAGGUGGCGGCGGCGGCGGCAGCAGCAGAGGCACCAGCAGAGGCAGCAGGAGAGGAAGGCGCGUCCACCUGCACGCGCUGGAGCGCCGGGCUCAUGGAGAAGCGGCGGCAGCCCUGAGUGCCGCAGCAGCAGCCGCCGCCGCCACCACCAUAGACUUUGCUCUCACGCCUGCUGUGGAGGAGCCCCUGCACGGGCAGGCCUCUCCGCCUCCUUCGCUCCAAGGUCUCCUGUGUUCCUAGCACUGUUCCUAGGAGUGUUAGAGACCAGCUGGGGAGAAGCGAAUGCUUCUAAACAAGCCUAUGGGUAUUUCUUACUGAGGACUGCUUCCAUGGUAAUCAAGAAGUAUCAUCAUAGUCCCAGGACACAAUCCGGACAGGCUUAACAUUCUAGUCAUCUUCAGCCUUCUUACGUCAGUUGCUGAAAAUCCUUCCACUCUUCUCUUUGCCUGCCCAGAGACGAGCGCCGGGAGAGUGAACCUUGGGAGGAGAGAGGUCUGCAAACCCAACUGUGGAGAGAAAGAAAAAAA